ACUGGGGCGGGUGGGGUCCUUGGAAGCUGACAUCCCUGCUCCACUGAGGCAUAAAGUAGCAGCCUGUCAGUGGUGAAGAACAGUCAUUCAACCAACAGUGAUCCCUGGGCCCUCACUCCAGAAUCAGCUGCCAAGCAGGACCUACCUCUACUUCCUGACACAAUGACCUUGUUUGAAAAUGUCACUCGGGCCCUGACCAAACAGCUAAACCCUCGGGGAGACUUGACACCCCUGGACAGCCUCAUCGACUUCCAGCACUUCCAUCCCUUUUGCCUGGUGCUAAGGAAAAGGAAGAGCACGCUCUUCUGGGGCGCCCGAUACAUCCGCACUGACUACAACCUCCUGGACAUGCUGGAGCCAGGCAGCUCGCCUGCAGAUCCAACGGACUCAGGAAAGUUCAGAUUUAAGAACAUGCUGGAUGCCCGAGUGGAGGGAGAUGUGGAUAUGCCAAGGACAGUCAAGGUGAUGGGGACUGCAGGGGUGUCCCGGAGUAGCACCCUGGAGGUCCAGACACUCAGUGUGGCUCCCAAGGCCCUGGAGACCUUGCAACAGGGAAGGAAGCUGACAGCAGAGCACCCAUUCCUGAAGGAGAUGCGGAACCGGGGGGAGAACCUGUACGUGGUGAUGGAGGUGGUGGAGACAGUGCAGGAGGUCACGCUGGAGAGGGCUGGCAAAGCAGAGGGCAACUUCUCCCUCCCAUUCUUUGCCCCAUUGGGAUUACAGGGAUCCAUAAACCACAAGGAGGCCAUAACCAUCCCCAAGGGCUGCAUCCUGGCCUUCCGAGUGAGACAGCUGAUGGUCAAAGGCAAAGAUGAAUGGGAGAUCCCACACAUCUACAAUGACAGUAUGCAAACCUUCCCUCCCGGAGAAAAGCCAGAAGAGGAGAAGUUCAUUUUUGUCCAGGCAUCUGACGUUGGUAUGGAAUUUUGGGAAGCGCAUGAGGACUUCAAAACACUGAAAGAAGAGGUUCAAAGAGAGACCCAAGAAGUGGAAAAACUGAGCCAUGCAGGGAAAAGCUCCCUGCUCAGCUCACUCAGCAAACUUCUAGGGAAGAGAAAGGAGCUACAAGACCUGGAGCUGGAGAUCGAAGGAACUCUAGACAAAGGGCAUGAAGUUAGCCUGGAGGCACUCCCAAAAGAUGUCCUACUCUCAAAGGAAGCUCUGGGUGCUGUCCUCUAUUUCCUUGGUGCCCUAACAGAGCUAAGUGAAGCCCAACAGAAACUGCUGGUAAAAUCCAUGGAGAAAAAGAUCCUACCUGUGCAACUAAAGUUGGUGGAGAAUACAAUGGAACGGAACUUCCUACAUGAUAAAGAAGGCGUUUUCCCCCUGCAACCCGAGCUGCUCUCCUCUCUGGGAGAAGAAGAACUGACCCUGACAGAGGCUUUGGUGGGGCUGAGUGGCCUGGAAGUGCAGAGAUCAGGACCCCAGUACACGUGGGACCCAGAUACCCUCCCACACCUCUGUGCCCUUUAUGCUGGCCUCUCCUUCUUACAGCUGCUGACCAAGGCAUCCUAACUUGCCUUUUCCACCUGCUUCCUGCUCUCCUAAGCCUUCCCUACCUCACUGUACUGUCCUUAACAUGUCAAUGGGCAUUUUAGAGCCACCAAGUUGCGAACAACAAAAACCCAAGACAAUCUUUUAUCUGUCCAAACUCACUUCUCCCUCUGCCCCAGGACUCCACCACCAGGUGGUCUCCUCUGUGAUGUAAUCCUCUAAAAGCAAAAGCACUCGUUUCAAAACCUGUGAACCAUUUCAUCAGAUCACAAAUAUAUAUUAUUUAAUUUCCUAUCCAGUCCCUCCUGCUUCUGCAUCAAAAAAAAAAAAAAAAGACAAUCAAGUUUACUGGAAUUAAUGAAAAAUAUUAUUUCA